CCUCACUUGAACACCAACAUCACCACAUCUGACCAAGACCAUCUCAUCAACAAUGUCCUCGGCUCCAGUCUCAUACGAUCCAAACAGCACAACGGAAACUACAAACAUACCAGAGCUGCCCAAUGCACCAAGGCGUAUCCUCCUCAACGGCUCAGCCCUCCUGCAGCCCCCUCUCUCACGGCGUGGUUCCGGCCCGGGUAUCAUCUUAAUCACCGCACAACGAAACAGUCUCUCCUCAGGUUCAUCGCUAGAUCCUGACCCGAUCCAAAAGUGGGCAGAGGAGGGAUUCGCAGUCGUUGGUACGCAUGGUGAAGGCGAAUUCGCUACCCAGCUUGGCGCGGUGACUGCGGCACUCAAGGCUCACGACUCUCUGACGGUAAAAGAUAAAUUUGGUCUCAUCAUCUACGACGAGCAACUGUCUUUGAAGAUUUCAUCCUCUGCGUCAAUGCUAAGCGACCUCGGUAUUGCGUGUGUCAUCACGGUGUCCAGUAGCCCCAUUGCUAGUUUGCAGAGCAUCCCGCUACAAUCUCAUAUUGCUCAAAACGAUGCAUCAACGGCUACCUCAGCUGAAAAUACUACAGUUUUCAACUAUAAUGAUUGCGGGGUGAAUUUCAUCCUCCCGUACGACAAGGACUAUAAUCCUAGCGCCGCUGCGUUGGCGCAUACGCGAAACCUCGUCUUUCUAAGGAAGCAUCUUGGCGGGCCGCAUUUUGACCUUGUGAGUAUCUGGGAGGAGCAUACCAAGUUUGAGUUUGAGGAAAGGAGUGUCGCAAGGACCAUGGCGACAAUGGUGGCUGAGCCAUACGUAAACCAUCUACCAACGAUGACGGGUGGUCGGGGAAGAGCAAACUUGACGGCAUUCUACCGUGAUAACUUCAUCUUCUGCAACCCACCAGAUACCGUUCUCAGCCCAUUAUCACGUACAGUGGGCCCUGAUCGCGUUGUCGACGAAUUUAUCUUUUCAUGCACGCACACAUCGGUAAUCCCGUGGCUGUUACCUGGGGUCCAGCCCACAAAUGUCAAGAUUUCUGUCCCCAUGCUUGCGGUAGUCAAUGUCCGCGGUGACCGUCUAUAUCACGAGCACAUUUGGUGGGAUCAAGCAUCUGUUCUCCGCCAGAUUGGAAUCCUUCCAUCACAUCUCGAUCACAACGGCCAGCAGCAGAAGCUCCCUGUGUCUGGCACGGAGCAAGCCCAGCUGCUGAUUGGGGCGGCGGGUGUAGAAGGAAACCAAAUGCUAAGCCCGGAAUGGACGACGUCAUAAUUUUGCAGAUGGUUAGAAAAGUAAAACGAUAGGUGCGUGGUUGGGGUUGCUGCUUAUUUUUUGAAGCUCUAAUCUCUAUAUACAUUGGAUGACUUUAAUAUACAACAAGUUCGUACUUCACGAGCGGCGUUCCCUUCCCAUUGCUCCAAUUUCUUCGUACAUCAUCGCCUGCCACAAAUCCUACUCCCUAAAGCUCGGCGUCAGUGACCCAGCUGGGCGUUUCAGGAUAAUACCAAUGUGGUGUUUCCAAAUACGUGUUUGGCAUCUCCAGGUGAUCGGCAAGCCGAUCAAUCGCCUCCAAGUCCCAAUGGUCCGGAUCGUCAUCGCAGUCUGGGCCGUACAAGUAUUUAUCCUCCAACUCGUCUCGAAGUUUCUGGAAAGCAUCCUCCUUGUCAUAGGCACCCUCAGUCGGUUGGGCAUCCUUGAUCCGCCUUGCUCGCUCGCCGAUUUCAUCAGGGUCGUAGCCAUCAGGUUCGUCGAGUCCAUAGGCCGAAUUGCAGCUAAAGCAUUCAAUCCACUCUGUGAGUUCUUGUGCUGUAGGAAGAACUUGAGGUAUGGGGCGAUACAAUAGGUAGCCGUUCAUCCCGAUGAGACGGCACUUUGGGUGUAAACUAUCAAACACGGAAUACUCGGUUCUUUCAAUGAUGAAUGUAUCCCAGUGGAGCUUGUUGUAGUUGAUUUUUAGAUAGCAGUCGUCUGGAAACCAGGUGGGGGUGAUAUCAAAGAUGAGAUCAAAGUGCGUGAGCGUGUGUUGCUGCACUUUUGUUGUAGGCUCCGCCAUUUCUUGCAAUGAGUCUUCCCAUAGAUCGGCGUUGUUAUUGCUGGUGACGAAUACACUUAGAGUCUGAAGAUUUGAUAGUGCGGCAAGGAAUUCCCAUGUCUUUUGAUAUGUCUCUGGACUCCGUGCGUCAAACGACAUUGACGUUAUCGUGACACAUGUAAGAGCUGUAUGAUGUAUCGUUGGAGUCUGCUUAGCCCACAGGAGUAGGAGCUCCUCAAAGUAGAAGUGAAAC